AAAAAUACCCAUUUUUUCUACAGAUCAAUGGAAGCAAGAUUGUUUAUUGCCGCUCUUCAUUUCAUUGAGAAUGGAAAUAAAGUUCAGAAAACGAAGAAUGGUGGGCAAACAGAAGAGGCAUUGAUUUGGAGAGUGGCUUAUUCAAAGUCAAAAGAAGGACAAGGGGUUAUCAAACCAGUGAAAGUUGACAGCACUUAUGGAUAUGUUAAGGAUUUGAUGAAAGAAUUUUUGUACUGCAGACGCAUUAAGCCAACACUGUCCAAAGCUCUUGAUGUCAUUGGAGUGAAAGAAAUACCUGUCCCAAUGACUCGCCACAAAUCAAAAAUCAGCAAAACUGAAGCCAUUAAGCAACAUAAAACUCGUUUUAAUAAAUAAAAUGCAACUAACCAUUCAA